CACCGCGCUCACACCCUCCGGAAGCACUAGGUCGAGACCCUCGGCAUUGUGGGAAGGCGGAAAAAGGCUCAAAAAGAUACGCGAACCCGACGCCCGCACGUUGCAGCCGCUCACAAACCCCGUGCGAAGCAACAAAAGCAAGCAUUUCUCCAAGCAAAACCACGGAGUGAAAGGAGGUGAAAAUGUCCAUCGGUGUUCCCAUCAAGGUCCUGCAUGAGGCCGAGGGCCACAUCGUGACCUGCGAGACCAACACCGGAGAGGUUUACCGGGGCAAGCUGAUCGAGGCCGAGGACAACAUGAACUGCCAGAUGUCCAACAUCACAGUGACUUAUCGUGACGGUCGGGUGGCGCAGUUGGAGCAGGUCUACAUCCGAGGCAGCAAGAUCCGCUUCUUGAUCCUGCCCGACAUGUUAAAGAACGCUCCCAUGUUGAAGAGCAUGAAGAACAAGAACCAGGGCUCGGGAGCGGGGCGGGGCAAGGCAGCUAUCCUCAAAGCACAGGUGGCUGCGAGGGGACGGGGCCGUGGAGGGAUGGGAAGAGGCAACAUCUUCCAAAAGAGACGAUAAUUACUCCAGAUUGUUGUUUUGUACAGACUCGUUUUUUGUUGUUUUUAAUCGGAUCGGUUAUCUUAGUUUUUAUUUGUCCAUUGCGAUGUUAAGCUUUACAGUUGACUUCUUUUUUUUUUUCCUUAAUUGGAUCGGAUAUCUCCAGUUUUCUUUGUCCAUUUUGAUCCCAGUUUUGUAUGAAAAUAAACAUUUAUUUCUCUUUAA